UUUUACAUUUCCGCGCGCGUUUGACACUGUCCUCGUCGCUCAACCUCCCCGGGAUACCAUAGAACCUGCAGGGUAGGAGGGAGGCAAGUGGACUCAUUAUAAUUCCCGGCCUUUGGGACAUUUACGUUCGCAUUGACAACUCCAGGGAACACCGAGCUGUAAAACCUGCCGCGUCAAGCAGCGAACCAUAUAUUCGACAUAGACGCAGAAGGGUGGAGUAAUGACAUUAAGGCUAUAAAAGAAGGUCACAGGAGCACACUGGAGUACGAGUAGGCCAGUCAAGGAUGCUUGAGGCAGAUGCAGAUACAGCAGGUGCCGGGGCGGGAGACAGGGAUGCAGAGAUGGAGAGCAGCGACUUGAGGGCAGAGGUGGUGCGACUGACUUUGGAGCUCCAGGAGGCCACAGAGGAGAAGCUGCAGGCUGCCCGCUAUGGCCUUGUGGUGUUGGAGGAGAGUUCGGCUCUCAAGAUCAAACAUAGACAAUUGGAAGAGGAGCAUGAAACUCUCAAAGUGGAGCUACAGCAGCUCAAAGAGGCGUUUGCAGAUUCUGUGAGUAGCCAGAAGCGAGCGGCUGCUGAUGGAGAGUGCCGGGAGGAAAGUUUGUUGCAGGAGACGGCAUCUAAGGAGGCUGCCAUGGCAACACGCUUGGAAGAAGUCCAGUCAGAACUAAAACAAGCACGACUUGCCCUCGGCAAUGCUCAUGCAGAGAUCGACAGACUUGGGGUAGUCUCAAAUCAGCUAAAGAAGGAUUGUGAGUGCCUGGACGCAGAGAAAGGGCACCUCAAGGAUGAAAUGAAGGAAUAUAAAGUGCGUGAACUGCGCCAGUUGCAGGACAAUGGGGAGCUGGAAGAAGAGAACACAUCUCUUCAAAAACAGGUGUCUGUGCUGAAGGAAAAUCAGGUUGAGUUUGAGUCGGUAAAGCUUGAGCUGACCCAAAAGAAUGAGGAGCAGGAGGAGCUGCGGGCUCAGAUGGAGGAAGCCGCCAGGCUGCGGGAGAUCGCAGAGCGUCAGUUGGAUGAGGCGCUAGAAUCCUUGAAGGAGGAGAGGGAGCAGAAGAACAGUCUGAGACGGGAGCUUUCUGCCUUUACCCUAAGCCCCUUUGAUUCUGUGGGCAACCUGGAGCUCCAUUUGGACCAGCUCGACAACAGCCAGGAGGACAGCCUGGCUGUACCGGGUGAGGGAGAGGACCGGGACAGGGGUGUUGUCAAUGCUCCCGGAUCUGCACCCAAUUCUGCUCAUCCUCCUCAAUCGAGGGGCUCCAAAAGUAAUGGCGUCAUGCCUCCUUACUCGACUCCACGCAACAGUGACGUAUUCCUGCGUGCUCCGGCCUCCGGGCUGGUGUCUGACCUGUUGAGUGAGCUCCAUUUUUCUGACAGUCAGAAACUUAAACAGCAACUCCUACAGGCUGAAAGAGAGAAAUCAGGUCUUGCCAGCAAGGUGGAGGAAUUGCAAAUGCAGCUUGUGAUGUCCAAGCAAGCACUGAGUCAGCAAGAGGACAAAGUUGGAUCCCUCACCCAACAGCUGGAGGCUAUGCAGAGCAGCCAGCAGCACAACCACGAGGCAGAUGAAGGAGGGGACGAGGAUACAAAGAAUGGAGACCACAGUGACGUCGUCUUUGACUAUGAGGUGGACACAAAGGGUAAGGAGGUGUUGGAGGCGCGUAUGCGUUCAGCCAGUGAAGAGCUUCUGAAGCUGCGGGAUGAACUGUCUCAGGCUGGAACUCGCUAUAACACCCUUGAGCAACGAUACAAACAGGAGAAGGAUCGUUGGCGAACAGAGGCCCAAGAACUGGCUGACAAGAUUCGCCAAUGCAUCAAGUCCAGCCGGCAGGACCAGGAGCGUAUCAGCGAGCUGGAGAUUGAGAUUGGAGCCACGCGAAAAGUGGCCAGUGAUUCCGAAGGUCAUCUGAGCGUGGCUCAGGAAGAGCUGCUGGCCUUUUCCGAGGAGCUGUCCAACCUCUAUCACCACAUCUGCGUGUGUAACAACCUGACACCCAAACGGGUCACCCUGGACUAUUACCGUGAAAGCGCCAGGAUGCACGGUGGCGUUGGUGUGAGAAGACCGCACAUCUCCACCCAGCCAAACUCCCAGAAGAAGCCGCGAGCCAAUGACAUGUUCAUCUCUAAAGCUGCCGCUUUGCAGUUUAUGGGGGAGGUGGACAGUGCGGGAUCUUCUACAGACUCCCCUCAAUGCCCUGGUUCGCCCAACCUGGAUUUCAGGGACCCCUCCAAUGUAAGCAACCUGGUUGCGGUUAUCAGAUGCCAGAUCAAACACCUCCGGGUGGCAGUGGACCUCUGUCGUCAGCGGGGUGCAAUGCCUUACUCCGGGUUGAGUAGCGCUGUCGAAAUGGAGAGAGAUGCGGAAAGCCUGCUGGAGGAAGUACUGAAACUUAAGUCCCUUCUUAGCACCAAGAGGGAGCAGAUCGCAACUCUCAGGACUGUCCUGAAGGCCAACAAACAGACUGCUGAGUUGGCCCUGUCCAAUUUAAAAACAAAGUACGAGACUGAGAAAACCAUGGUGUCGGAGACCAUGAUGAAACUACGGAACGAACUCAAAGCCCUGAAGGAAGAUGCUGCCACAUUCUCUUCACUCAGAGUCAUGUUUGCUAGUCGGUGCGACCAGUACGUUACCCAGCUGGAUGAAAUGCAGAGGCAACUGGCAGCCGCAGAGGAUGAGAAAAAGACCCUGAAUUCUCUGCUGCGCAUGGCGAUCCAACAGAAAUUGGCUCUCACCCAGCGCUUGGAAGAUCUGGAGGCCCCUCUGUCUCCUCACAGCUUGAACAGCAGCCCCCGUCGCUCCAGAGCCAAAGAGCUGGCCACCAAGUCAGGCCGCACGCCACGAAGCCCCCGCAGCAGCCCGGCCCGUCACGCCAUGAGGAGCAGCCCACGAGCUAGUCCAGUUCUUGGGAGCAGUGUUCCUGCCAUGGCCACGCACCACUUGCGAGCUCUCACACGAAGCCUCCACACAAGCCCCCGCUGAAACACUCCUCCAUUACUCCAAACCCUUUCUUCUCCACAAGGACCCGUCUUCAUGUUGAGUCCCUGGUUCCCUCCUCCCUACCCGACUCAAGACAUCCUGUUCAUCUUAGAUGUGGUGCUGCAUUCCCCCACACUUCCUCCAGAAACGUGGAUUUUAAAAAAAAGUAAAAAUGCAACUCUCAUCCAACUCUCUUGCAUGCAGCCUGGAGAUGGAUGAAGAGGGAACAAAUGUGCUGCUUAUUAUGUGAAGUCCUUGGUUGUGUCUUCCAUGUUCAACUUCCAUGUGGUGUUGAUCAAGGCUACUAUGUGUCGUCACCAUUGACAGUAUUUAUUCCGCAGUCCAUUGUGUUUGCCGUCUUUUUGUUUAAACCUCUCUUUGAAGACUGUCUUUGCAAUCUUGCCUUUUGUCUGCCCAGGGCUUCUGGUGUGUUUUGGGGUCAAUAAGCAAUGAGAUUAUCCUCUUGACACCCGGGUCAAUGUGUUUUACUUAACAAUGCAGCCUUACCGACAUAUUCCUUUGCCUGUAGCCAGCUUGUUAUUGGUCCUGGGGGCUUCCUCCCUUGCUGAAGCAUUUCGGUCACACUCCCAUGUUUCAAAUUGUUUAGAUGUGUUUGGUCUUGUGACAGUGGCCUGACCAACACAACUUUUAACACACACUUAUUUCCUUUGAUGGAAAUAAUCAGCCAUAAGUACCCCACCUCAGGUCAAAAGACAAAUAUUUAUGAUACGUGAUUUGGAAAAUCUUGGAUGUGCAUUUAUUUUAUAAACUAUGCAGACAAAAUCAGGACAGCGUAUGCUUUCAUUUCCAUCUGUGAAGUCCUGUUGAUAAAAUUGUGAAUGAGUCGUCAUGCAAGGUGGAUCAAUAGUAAUCACACUACUCGAUUUCUUUACUGAAUUCCAAUGGCUCAGUUGAUAAAAGCUUUGUACAAUGUUUUUCAAGCAGUAACAAAGUGUGUCUUACUUAGUGUAAGUUCGAGUAGGAAAACAUAAUAUUUUAGAGAGAUCCAUUAAACAUAAAGCAUGGGCCCUCUGUUGCAAAGAAAGGACAUAGUGAAAAAUAAUGCAGUAAAAUACACAUGAUAUUGUGUAGACAUAAAUUAGCCAUUGUUCAAAUGUAUUGGAUAGAGUAGAUUGAUACAUGUGCCCUGUAAUUAUUACACUUUAAAUUCCGAUUUAUGAUCCUACUUGGUAUUCAAAACAUUUAAAAUCACUAAAACCUAAUUCAUUCAAGAUAAUAUUCAUGCCUCAAAUUGUUUUGUAGAGGCAACUAGUUUUUGUGCCUUUUGUUUUGAUUUGUUUUUUCUGCUGUUUUUUUUUUUUUUGCUGUGUCCGUCACUGGAACUUUUGUCACUUCCUUUUGUAAAUGCAGUGUGAAGUGAAUGCCACAUGUUCCACUUUAGCACGCACGCCAACACAUACAAUAUGUGAAGGGUUCUAUCAAUACCUUUGUUUUAAACUACUAUUGUUGUCAUUGCACUAAGGGGCUAGGAACUGUCGCCGCAACUGUUGAUUAUCAAUCAAUAUCUGCAUCAUGGGGCAGUAUGUUGAAAAACCUUUUAAGUACCUUUAAGUACUUGUUACACUGGAAGGUUAUUAAUUUGAAGGAUUUAAAUUAAUUAUGUAUGAUGAAGAAAGUGACAGAAUAUUUUCACUUUGUAACUCGGGCAAUGACAUGAAACGAAUGGUCUCCAUUUCUUUGUUUUUUUUAGUUGUUGAUCGGUAUUAUGUUUUAAAAACAAUGUUUGGGAGAGACUUGAGUGCAUUCUGUGCAACCUUAGCUAAAAGGUCAACUGUUUUAAGAGAAUAUUGUUUUACUUGCAAGGUUGUAAAUUGAUUUCUCAAUCUAUUUAAUUGAAACGGUAUAAUUUAAUUUUUAUUGUUGUGUAUGUAAAAAAAACCUGUAUUUAUGUGGUAUGCUUUCUGUGUACUUUGCUCCAGCCCAUGUCAUGCACACACUCCGCAUCUUUUUUUUAUGCCUCAUGUUCUGUAAGCCAGUUUUGUCUUGAAGAAUAAAUGAA